AAUUUCACCCAUAACCUCCAACACUUGAUGACCAUCCUCUUUUCUUUCUCCCGUCAAGCCCGCAGCAGGUAACAGUCUCUGCGCCAUUUCUCACGUUCCGUCAAUUUGACAACCGAUAUUCUUUCGCGCAUCAACGCUUUCGAUACCAUGCUGAAAAUGAAGACCGGUCUGGUCGUACUUACGGUGCUCUUACCGUGGGUCGAUGGAUUUGGAUGGAGGGCCGAGAGAAGGCCGAGUGCUCCAGCAGUUGAUACAAAUGAACGCCGCUCUGCGCUUUCGCAGCAAGACUCGAGACACUCAGACGUUUACACAAGGGCGCUGAACGAGCUCCAAGAGAUGGAAUCGGAACCGCUAUGCCAUCGCGUGGCAGCCCGCCUACUCGUCAACAACUGCGAAUUGGUGGAUGGGAAGAAUGAAGCUACAAUGCUGACUGACAGUGGCCGGCAACUGCGAGAUUUCGUCGACUCUUACGCGGCUAGCUUGGCGAUUUGCGAUCUAGAGAGGGGCAGCUUCAAGAUACCAAACGAAUGCGCCAAGUUUCGUGAGCCAUCCUUGACCCAAAUUGCGAUGCGGAGCGAACCUCAGCUUCAUGUCACGCCUUCGGAGAUUGGACUGUGUUUGUCGGCGCUGGCAGCUUCGGAUGCAGCUUGGAGCACGUGGGUGAGCUAUCGUCAUAAAGCAUUGAGGUUCUGCGAGGCGGCAAGGGCAGAUAAUGAGAAGGACCAAAACAUCUUGCUGUACCAGCGUCUUACCCAGGUCAUUGCCAAACUUACCGACGGCGUCGAAGCCGAGCUGCAGAAACGGAUGGACGACCUCGAUAACCGUGCCCGGCAAUCUAUGGAGAACCUUGACCGACUCGCGCCCAAGGUAGAUGAGUUAGGAGAAGGCCUGUCGAGACUUGAGAGCUACCUCUCGGGUGAUCUCGACUUUGCGAUGCGAAAGGCCACCGAAUCUAUGCAGGACAGUCUCGAGAAUGCGGAAGGUCUUCAGAAGCUACUGGGUCUUCUCUUCGCAAAUGUUCUCGAUGGUAGCGCCCGAGCGGCCCAUGCUCAUGAGACCUCGCUCCAACAAACCAAAAGGGUCAAUGACGGCAUGGGUGCCUUGAUAGACAUCGUCUCAACUGCGAUGGCCUCAUCCGCCUCACUGAGCCAGCAAAUUCAAUUCCAAAAUCAACAAGCCGUUGCAUUGACCCAGCGUCAGGAUGCCCUUGAACAAGGAGUUGGUCGCAUUCUUGCCGCCACCGAGAAGCUGUCCGACGAGGUUGAGGACCAUACAUCCAUGCUCAAGCAAGCAAAAAACAUUACGAACGAAAUCUUGGAUGCCCUCGAAGAAACCGCCGCUGCCGCCUUGACCGUUAACGAAUCAAUGUUCAAGACCGCAACGACAAAAAGCUGGUGGCCGUUUCUUGUCUGUCCCUCGGCCUCGCUGGUACUGGGAUCAUAUGGAAUGCCACCUUCGAUGCUCCGAAACUUUGGGCUGUUGGCUUUUGGUGAGGCCAUCGGCUUUUUGGUGUCCUCAUAUGGCGAUUUGACAACGCAGUUCUCUAUCACCGUUGAUGCCUUCGGGGAUUAUGUCAUGCCGUCAGAGUUGGCAUCAAAGUUCGACGCCAACAACACGGAUUCCACGGAUUUGACAAACCUCACGGACACAGCAACGGAGGCAUCCUCACUCUAAUGUACAUGAUGCACAUGAUUCGUUUCAUGAUCUCUAUUUUUAGUUUUGGGUCUCAUCGCUGGCGCGGUGGGCUGAUGAUUUUGACGAAGGAAGGAGGAUAUGGGACACAAUGACUGGGGGCUUUAAUGAUAUAAGCCGGGAUAUGGGACACGUCCGUUUCUUUUCACGUAGAUAUGAGGACAGCCGAUCAUGAUGAUGAAUGGAGAUGGAUCAUUAAUACAGAGUUGUAUGGAAUGGUUAUGUGCAGCCUCCUUCCGGG